GCAGGACACUUGCCAGCCAGCUUUGCUGAACCCCUGCAGGUGCUCUGCUGUCCAGCUUGCCCCAGCAAGGGAUCGACAUGGUGGCCACCUGCCUGCACCUGGCCGGAUUUGUCUGCAGUUUCAUAGGGUGGAUCGGGGUGGUUGUGGCAACAGCCACCAAUGACUGGGUGGUGACUUGCGGCUACACCAUCACCACCUGCAGGAAAAUGGAUGAGCUGGGGUCCAAGGGGCUGUGGGCAGACUGUGUCAUGGCGACAGGUCUCUAUCACUGCAAGCCCCUUGUGGACAUCCUCAUACUGCCAGGGUAUGUCCAAGCCUGUCGAGCGCUGAUGAUCGCUGCCUCUGUCCUGGGUCUUCCCGCUAUCUUCUUGCUGAUAACAGUCUUGCCCUGCAUCCGGAUGGGCCAUGAGCCUGGAGCUGCAAAGUACCGGCGGUCCCAGCUGGGAGGGAUCCUCAUCAUCCUCUUGGCCAUGUGUGGUGUUGUUGCGACGAUCUGGUUUCCCGUGUGUGCCCACCGUGAGACCACCAUUAUGAGCUUCGGCUACUCCCUGUACACGGGCUGGAUUGGCUCUGCUCUCUGCCUCUUUGGUGGCUGCGUCAUCGUCUGCUGCUCGGGAGAUGCCCAGACGUUUGGUGAAAACCGCUUCUACUAUGCCUCGGGAUCCAGCUCCCCUACCCAUGCAAAGAGCGCACACGUGUAAGCAUCCUGGGGACGUCCCACGGCUGCUGUCGGAUGCUUUGGCUUAUGGGUUGGUGUGCCCUGGGUCUGCUUCUACUGACACAUGCCGCUGUCAGGCUCCCAGGGGAAGAUUUAGAAAAGCAGCACAAAUGUCUGGUAGUUUGAAGCAUUAUUCUCCCCAUCUGUUCCCCCCUUCUCUAGAAAGAAAUCUGCAGCCAGCCCUACCUCUUGGUCCUCCCCAUUUUGUCCUAACCUCCUGCCCCAUCUUUUUGCAGCCAGGAAGACUCGGAUGGUUUGGGGUUGUCUGGGGGUGUUAGGGCUUUUAUUUUAUUUUCCAGCUUCCCUGAUAAAAGGAGAGUUUAAAGCAAUAAAACAGAAAUGAGAGAGACACUUUCCCAUUGUUAGAAGGACUCUGGGAGUUUCUCCCACCAUGUCAGUAUUUGGUUUCCCCUGUUCAAGGUCACUGCUUUGGCACGGUUUGGGUGAGAGGGAGGAAGGCUGUACACUCCAACCGCGAAAAUGUUUCUCUUUUGCAACAAGAGUAGGGGGAUUUUUCUGCCUUUCUCUGUAAAUACUUUUGUAUGAGUUUGAUCAUUUUAGUAACAGUUUUUCCUCCAACCCCCACGGUCAUCAGUAUGAAGGAAACAGAGCCCAAUGGUCCUAAUUACAUGGUAGAUAACAGUGCCUUUCUAUAUAGUUUUAAAUGACUCUGGGGGCUCUAAUCCCCGUACUCUGGUUUGGUUUUUCCUUUUUUUCCUUUGUACAGAUCAGUUACUAAAAAUGUAUUUUUACGUUCUUUUUGAUUUCUUCCUCUAAAUUUGUGUUCUGUCUUGCACCAUUAAAGUAGCACAUUUUAACACACAUUGUAAUGUACCUGUUACAAUACAAUUCUGGUGAAUACUGAUGAUGCCUUUGUACUUUCAGUGAAACACUGUACAAUAAAUAACAGAGUAUGUGCAA